AUGGUUGAUGGAAAACCGAUUAAUCUAGGACUUUGGGAUACAGCGGGACAAGAAGAUUAUGAUAGGUUACGUCCGCUCUCAUAUCCACAAACCGAUGUAUUUUUGAUAUGCUUUUCAUUAGUCAGUCCACCUUCCUUAGAAAAUGUUAAAAAUAAGUGGUACCCAGAAAUUUCUCACCACGCUCCAAAUAUACCAAUUAUUCUGGUUGGAACAAAGCUUGAUCUUCGUGAAGAUAAAGAUACCAUUGCUAAAUUACGUUUGAAAUCUCAAACACCAAUCACAUAUCCCGAAGGAUUACAAAUGGCUAAAGAUAUUGGAGCCGUGCGUUAUCUUGAAUGUUCUGCCUUAACACAAAAAGGAUUAAAGAAUGUUUUUGAUGAAGCUAUUCGUGCGGUUCUUUCACCUAACCCUGUUAGAAAGAAGAAAUCAAAAUGUGUCGUCAUGUAA